AUGACAUCCCAUCAUGAAAGUGGUACUGAGGCAUAUGCAAGUAAUCAACGUAUGGAACAAUUGAAAUUAUGUUUUAAACGAAUGAUGGAUGCUCCAGAUCAUCGAAUUGUUCUAUUUGGUGGUGAUUUAAAUAUGCGUGAAAGAGAAUUACGAGAAAUUGGUAAUAUUCCAUCGGGUAUAUGUGAUUUAUGGAUUGAAACUGGUAAACAAAAAGAAUGUACAUAUACAUGGGAUAUGUGUGUAAAUACAAAUAACUAUUUUCCAAACGAAAAUAAUCGACCUCGAGCACGUUUCGAUCGUCUAUAUUUUCGUAAAUCAUUAAAAAAUGAUAUAAAAUUUCAACCGAUCUAUUUUGAAGUUAAAGGUCUUGAAAUAAUACCAUCUAUUCAACGUUAUUGUUCAGAUCAUUGGGCUGUUCAAGCCUAUUUUAAUAUCUAA